AUGACUUCCUUAAAUCACACUGGUGUCAGCCACACUGUCUUCCGCUUGCUGGGCAUCCCCGGGCUUGAGGAUCAGCACAAGUGGAUUUCCAUCCCCUUCUUCAUUUCCUAUGUCAUCUCCUUAUUUGGAAACAAUUUGCUCAUUUUCAUUAUCGUCACAAAACGCAGCCUCCAUGAGCCCAUGUACCUCUUCCUCUGCAUGCUGGCAGGAGCAGAUGUUGUCCUCACGACAUGCAUAGUACCUCAGGCCUUGACCGUUUUCUGGUUCAACGCUGGGAAGAUCUCUCUGAAUUGUUGCAUCGCUCAGGUAUUUUUCUACUCUUCCAUUUUCAUCUCUGAGUCAGGAAUCCUGCUGGUGAUGGCCUUUGACCGUUACAUCGCCAUCUGCUACCCUCUGAGAUACACCACCAUUUUGACGUACUCUCUGAUUGGAAAAAUUGGCAUGUUCAUUUUUUUUAGGAGUUUUGGUACAAUGUUCCCUAUAAUAUUUCUUUUAAAAAGGUUGACUUACUGCCAGAAUAAUAAUAUCGCACACACGUUUUGUGAACACAUUGGUUUGGCCAGGUAUGCCUGUAAUGACAUUCGAGUGAACAUCUGGUAUGGCUUUUUUGUCAUAGUAUCCACUGUGAUCAUAGAUAUCCUGCUAAUUUUUGUUUCCUAUAUGAUGAUUCUCUCUGCUGUCUUUCAAAUGCCUUCCAAAAAUGCUCGCCAAAAAGCCCUGAACACUUGUGGCUCCCAUGUCUGCAUCAUUAUUCUCUUUUAUGGGCCUGCAGUGUUCACAAGCCUUGCUCAGAGAUUUGGGCGUCACAUUCCACCUCAUGUCCACAUCUUGUUGGCUAAUGUCUUUAUUCUGGUUCCACCUGUGCUGAACCCUAUCAUUUAUGGGAUCAAGACCAAGCAAAUUAGAGAGCAGAUGGCUAAUAUAUUUUUUUCAAAGCAGAAAUAA